GUCGUCCAUCGCCGCGGUCCAAUCGAAGGGGUCGCUUCGGUAUGAGAGACAUUUGGCGCGUUUCAUGAUACGACGCCAUAAUUCGCGCGAUCGACUGCCGCCUCCCUCGAUCAUUUACAGUCGCGUUUCGAGCUCCAUCGCACCGUGACGUGUUUCUCCGAAUUGUUCCUCCGCGUCUCGCUCCUUCUCGGACGGAGCGCACGUCACGUCGGUGCAUUGUGUGCAGUCAGUACGAAGAUCGGAUUUAUCGCGCGGGCACGCGGCGUUGGCGGUGGCGGCGGUGGCAGAGCGGCGAUAGCGUGCGCGCCACGCCGGAGAGCGAGAGCUCGAUAGAGCGCACCCGUCGGCACGACGGAGAGCGUGGGUGUGUGAAAGAGAGAGACGGAGAAAGGGCGAGAGUGUGGAUCCGCGCGGUUCUCCCGCGACGAGAGAUACGGGAAAGAAGCAGGACGGUAACGCGAAGAUUUCGACGACAUUUCCGUGUGACGGGACGGAAGGAUCGUUUAACGAGGCGAUAUCAAAAGUAGUGGAGUCGUCGGGACCACGUCUGGGUCUCUGUGACGCAGAAUUUAAAUUUGGUACCGGGACUUCCUGGUGAACAUUAUUAACCCUGGCAGCGAUUACUGUGACCAACGUGGUCUCGUCGUCAUCCUCGGCAACGAGAGGCAAGAUCGUUCAGGAGCGGUUAACGCCGACCGGCGGCCGAAUUGCCAAGGAGAGACGAGGAAGAGGAAGAGGAGAUAAAGUGAGUCGCAGAGUCGCGCCCCGUGUAUCGAUACGAAUGACGAAGAUGCAGCAACACCCGGUGCAGGCGGCGCCGCGGAUCACGCACGAGGACCACAUACUGGAGGCGAUCGAUCAGCUACGUCGACGUAAAGCACGUCCUGAUGCCGAUCGCAUUUGCAAUUAUUUGCUCCGUAAUUACGCGGUGGACGCGCGCGACACGAUCGCCGAUCUUCAUCGGCUGAUCGAGGUGGAGAAGGUGAUUCAGGUCGACUACAAGGGUAACACCAGUUACCGUAAUGCUAAGAAGUGGACGCGGCUGCAACUCUUUAAGAAUCGACCGGAAGGUUUCCUCAAGGAGAAACUCAACUCGGGCAUGGUAUCAAGUGCGGUCGCCGAGCUCGUGGUCGAGGAGCCCGAUUACCUUGACCAGGGCGUCCCCGCCGGUCGUCUAAUCGAGCAGCUACUCGACGGUGUCUCGAGCCCGACAUCGCGCCGCGUGGUCGAGGAGUUUCUCGGCCGCGAGGUCGCGUGCGGCAAUCUCGCGCGCCUGUCCAACGGCAAUUACUCGCUGGUGGCGACGUCCGACAUGACGACAGACGCGACACCGUCGCGACGCGGCGGCGACUCGCAGCCGUCCUCCUCCGCGGCGGUCGCCUGCGCCCUGGAGAACGGCAACGCGACGCAGCGGCGUGUCGGUAAGGAGGCUGCUGCUACCAACGGCACCCUCACCAAUGGCACCAAUGGUAUAACGACAAAGGCAGCGACCAAGACAGCGGCGACAGCGGCAACGGCGGCUGAGCUCUACGAGUUCAACGAGACGGAUAACCUUACCGACACUACAUCUAACACAUCACGAUCUUCCUCGCGACAGGCCAACGAUAGUCCGAAACUGGAUCGGCAACUGCAGCAGCAGAAUUCUAUCAAGAAGAAGGAAUGCUACGAGGUCAACGACAAGAAAAACGUCGAACGCGGCGAUAUCGCGUCCGUCGAGGUGGCAUGCAACGGCGUCGUCGUCGAUGGUGAUAAACGGGAACGCAAUUCUCUGGUGAUAGCUACGCCAACGUCAACGACCAUCGACAACAAUAUCAUCAAGGACGAACCAAAGAGCAACGAUGUCCAGAAGACUACGUCUAACCUUAAAAGAUCCGCCAAGGCCGAGCGCAAGCAACGUCUGUUUGCCAGAACGGACGACCGUAUGGACAUCGAGAUUAAAUUUGAAGACUAUCAACAGAUCAAGGACGAACGAGAGAAACGCGAGGAAACCGGUCGACGAUCCAGCGAAGAUCGUGAGGAUGAAGAUGCUGGUAGGAGCUCAUCGACAAAUACAUCCCCGACUCCGUCCAACGUAAAUACUGGUGGAUUUCGCAGCGCCAGAAGAAAGAGAGCUAGAAAAGUAUUCGAUCCUUCGGAUAAUAAUCUGGUGAAGCGCAAACGAGGCAGACCAGGUCAUAAAAAUUCGUUGCUGCAAGAUCAGGAUCCUGCUAAAGUAAUUGUCAAAGAUGGACCAUUUAGGCAGUGCAGUCUCUGUGCCAAAGAGAAACAAGAAGCUCUCGUGGCUUGCAGGGAUUGCACAGUGCGAGCACAUCCGAGUUGUAUUUAUAGUCCAGAGGAAAUGCUACAAAAAGCUAAUAGCAAUUGGCAAUGCGAGCGCUGUAAAACCUGCACAGUAUGUUGCGAGACUUCUGAUGCUGGUCCGUUAGCGACUUGUUACAACUGCGAUGACGCCUAUCAUUAUUUUUGUCAUCCGUCCCGUGUUACGAUAAAAUCGAACACUAAAUGGUAUUGCAAUGAGUGCACGCAAAAACAGCAGAGCAAAAUAAAAAUAGAUGAUAAUCAAAACACUCAUUCGAUCAACGGAACAAGCAGACCGGACAGUCCGUCAAGCACUACCAUCUUACCGCCGGUUCUAAGUCCGCAGGUUUCUCCUAUGAGAGGUUCUGCCGAUCAGAUGGAAGAAGGCGGUCCCAAAGGACCCAUCGAUUUAAAUAUUCCUGAUGCGAGAAAUUGGACCUCCGAACAAGUAUACCAAUACUUUGCUAGGCUAUUUCCCAAGGAUGCUGAAGUCUUCCGGCAGCAGGAAAUAGAUGGCCACGCGCUUCUAAUGAUGAGUCGAAAGGACGUUGUGUGUGGACUUAAUUUGCUAUUAGGUCCUGCCUUGAAAAUAUAUCGACAUGUUUUGAAGCUUCAGUUUCGCAGAGACGAUCCUGAAUUGUAUUGGCAAUAAUACUUAUGAAUUUUGCUUGAAAUUGAUCUCUAUUAUAUCGUACGUAUUUUAAUCUAUAAGAUUUAAUUUAUACUUCAUAAAUUAAAUCUUUUAAAUUAUAAUUGUACACAAUUUUAAUUUGUGAUUUCCACAUUGUAUAUAUGAUGUACAUCGCUAAAACCUUUCUUAUGAAUAAGAAUAUCUUAAAGAUAUGUGCUCCUUAAUAACAACAAUAACAAUAUUCUACUGAAUAUUCGAGACUGAAUAUCGUAGACUUUGUUUACUGUUAAAUCCCUCCUGGGUUAGAUCAGCAUUGUUUGAAAAAGCGCGGAAAUUCUCAAACUCUAUUAGCAAUAAUAUAGAUGUCUUGCAUACAUUUAAUCUUAGCAAUUAUGCAUGAUUUUUCCAUAAAUUAUGAAUCUAAUUCAGUUUUAAGGCACGCUCCAUAUUGUACAGACAUAUAUGAGACAUAUUGCUAAGGUCUCCUGCGAACAAUUUAUCGCAAGCCAAACCGAUAUCGAUCUGUAAAUGUAUGUGCACGUUGCGAUUAUAUAUACUUAAUGUACAUUCCGCCUUUUUCAUGUGCGGUAUUUUGUAAAAAGGAGCAGAUAUUUUCUAUUUACUGUUACUUGUUAACAUUAAAUUUAAACUUAUAUCAUGAACUCUACACGCAAUUUGUUCUAACAAGAUAAACAAUUGGGCAUGUUAAACAGAAAAGAGAAUCAUCGACUGAUUGUGCGCGAUUUUGCGUCACGUAAACUUAUAUUUUAUUUUCACAAAUUUUACAUACAUAAAUAAUACAUUUAUUUGUAGAAUCUAAUUGUAUAAGAGACUACUAGUUGAAGAACACAAUACUUUGGUUUUACAUGUACUUUUCUAUUAUGCAAUAAACAUUUUGAUAUUUAUA